GGUGAUUAUCACAGUGAGACUGCGGUCACCACCACUCCCCGUGUUCGUGGAGCAGUCAGCCUCACUGAAUGAGAGACGCGUCCCGACACUUCUCACAGGAUACACACAAAGACAAAAGCCCUGAGAAGAGACACAGGACACGCAUCUCCAGAUUUAACUAAAGUUGGAUAACGUUUUAGCCCCAAGAGUGGAUUUAAAGGACAUUUUACUCCAAAGCGCUGAGGGGGAUAAUGUCCAAAAUGGAGGUGAAGACUUCACUUCUCGACAAUAUGAUAGGGGUUGGGGACAUGGUCCUCCUUGAACCCCUGUCAGAGGACUCGUUCAUUGGGAAUCUAAAGAACCGCUUUGAUCACAACGAGAUCUACACAUACAUUGGCAGUGUGGUGAUCUCCAUGAACCCCUACAAGCCACUGCCCAUCUACACAGCAGAGAAAGUUGAGGAGUAUCGCAACAGGAACUUCUAUGAGCUCAGUCCACACAUUUAUGCUCUGGCAGAUGAGGCCUAUCGGUCAUUGCGUGAUCAAGAUAAAGACCAGUGCAUUCUCAUCACAGGAGAGAGCGGGUCAGGAAAAACAGAGGCCAGCAAGUUUGUGAUGUCAUAUGUGGCUGCAGUAUGUGGGAAAGGACAGGAAGUGAACAAAGUGAAGGAGCAGCUGCUUCAAUCCAAUCCUGUGCUUGAGGCUUUUGGAAAUGCCAAAACCGUAAGAAAUGACAACUCAUCUCGAUUUGGGAAGUACAUGGAUAUAGAAUUUGACUUCAAGGGGGACCCUCUUGGUGGAGUCAUCAGUAAUUAUCUUUUGGAGAAAUCCCGCGUUGUAAAGCAACCCAGAGGAGAGAGGAAUUUCCACAUCUUUUACCAGCUGCUUUCUGGAGCAUCCGAGGACACACUCAAAAAGCUAAAGCUGGACCGAGACUUCAGCAAAUACAACUACCUUAGUCUGGAUUCUGCAACAGUCAAUGGACUGGAUGAUGCUGCAAGUUUCAGAACUGUCAGAAAUGCCAUGCAGAUUGUGGGCUUCAUGGAGGAUGAAGUUCAGUCAGUGCUGGAGCUGGUUGCUGCUGUCCUCAAGCUAGGAAACAUUGAGUUUAAACCCGAGUCACGCGUCAAUGGCUUUGAUGAAAGUCGUGUCAAGGAUAAGAAUGACUUGAAGGAAAUGUGUGAGCUGCUGGGCCUCGAACAGUCCGUGCUGGAGAGAGCAUUCAGUUUCCGUACAGUGGAAGCCAAGAUGGAAAAAGUGUCCACCACACUCAAUGUGGCCCAGGCCUAUUAUGCCCGUGAUGCUCUUGCCAAAAACCUCUACAGCCGACUGUUCAGUUGGUUGGUGAACCGCAUCAAUGAAAGCAUCAAGGCUCAAACUAAAGUCCGGAAGAAAGUCAUGGGAGUUCUGGAUAUUUACGGUUUCGAAAUCUUUGAGGACAACAGCUUUGAACAGUUCAUCAUUAACUACUGCAAUGAGAAGCUCCAGCAGAUCUUCAUCGAGCUUACUCUUCGUGAGGAGCAAGAGGAGUAUGUCCGUGAGGGUAUUGAGUGGACCAACAUCGAGUAUUUCAACAAUGCUAUCAUUUGUGACCUCAUCGAAAAUAACCAGAACGGGAUUUUGGCUAUGCUGGAUGAGGAGUGUUUGAGGCCAGGCACAGUGACAGAUGAGACUUUCCUGGACAAGCUCAACACUGUGUGUGCUGAGCACCAGCACUUUGAGAGCAGACAGAGCAAAAACUCAAAGUUUCUCACAGACCACAGCCUUCCACACAACUGCUUCCGCAUCCAGCACUAUGCUGGCAAGGUGCUGUAUCGGGUGGAGGGAUUUGUGGAUAAAAACAAUGACCUACUCUACAGAGAUUUAUCCCAGGCCAUGUACAAAGCUAAUCACAGCCUCAUAAAGCUUCUCUUCCCUGAGGGCAACCCAUCUAAGGUCAACUUAAAGCGGCCCCCCACAGCUGGAUUCCAGUUCAAAGCAUCAGUGGGAACCCUUAUGAAGAACUUACUGACCAAGAACCCUAACUAUAUCAGGUGUAUCAAACCCAAUGACAAGAAAGCAGCCCACAUUUUCACAGACUCACUAGUGUGUCAUCAGGUGCGCUACUUGGGUUUAAUGGAGAAUGUACGUGUGAGAAGGGCUGGUUAUGCAUUUCGCCAAGCGUAUGAACCAUGUCUGGAGCGCUACAAGAUGCUCUGUAAACAGACCUGGCCCCACUGGAGGGGUCAAGCCAGGGAUGGCGUUGAGGUUCUCCUGACAGACUUACAGGUGCCUGUGGAGGAGUUUGCAUAUGGACGUUCCAAGAUCUUCAUCAGGAAUCCCAGAACGCUCUUUUUCUUGGAAGAAAAGCGGAGGCAGUGUCUAGAGGACCUGGCAACUCUUAUCCAGAAGAUCUUUCGUGGCUGGAAAUCUCGCCGUCAGUUUCUUCUGUUAAAAAAGAGCCAGGUGGUGGUGGCCGCCUGGUACCGAAGAUAUGCGCAACAAAAGAAGUACCAGAAAAUCAGAUGCUCUGCCUUAGUGGUUCAGUCUUUCAUCAGAGGAUGGAAGGCCCGGAAGAUUCUGCGCGAGCUAAAAUAUAAGAAGCGUUGCGAAGAGGCUGUUACGACCAUUUCAGCCUACUGGCAUGGAACUCAGGCUCGUCGGGAAUUGCGGCGUCUCAAGGAGGAGGCGCAGAAUAAACACGCCGUGUCUGUCAUUUGGGCAGCCUGGCUGGGAACUAAGGCCCGAAGAGAACUGCGGUGCUUAAAGAAUGAAGCUCGCAGUAAACAGGCCGUGUCUGUCAUAUGGGCUUACUGGCAAGGAAACAAGGCACGUAGAGAGCUGAAAUGCUUAAAGGAGGAAGCCAGGCGUAAACACGCUAUCGCUGUCAUUUGGGCCUACUGGUUGGGACUCAAGGUCCGUCGGGAAUACAGGAAGUUCUUCAGAGCUAACGCCGGCAAGAAGAUCUAUGAUUUCACCAUCCAAAGAAUCAUGCAGAAGUACUUCCUGGGCUUGAAGAAGACGACACUCUCCAUGUCACCGAUCGAUAAGAGCUGGCCAGCUAAGCCAUAUGGUUUCCUCGAGGGCACACAUCAAGAGCUCCGAAGGAUUUUCCAUCUUUGGAGGUGCAAGAAAUACCGCAGCAAGUUCACAAAGGAGAUGAAGGCAACCUAUGAGGAGAAGCUCGCAGCAAGUGAGCUCUUUAAAGACAAGAAGGCCUUGUAUCCAAGCAGUGUGGGACAGCCUUUUAAAGGAGACUACGUGGAGUUAUCUAAAAACCCAAAGUACCAGAAGCUAAACAGCUUGGUAGAGGAUAAGGUACUUCUUGCAGAUGUGGUCAGUAAAAUUAAUCGUGCCAAUGGCAAGGGAGCUCCAAGAAUGUUCCUUUUGACCAAGAACAACUUUGUUCUGGCUGAUCAGAAGACCGGUCAGGUGAAGACCAGUGUACCACUGCCCGAUCUCAGUAGUGUUUCUGUAAGCACUCAGAACGACGGAUUUUUCGCUCUCAGGGUCAAGGAGGGUGCCACAUCAGCAGCCAAAGGUGACUUCUUGUUGAGCAGCGACCGACUGAUUGAGAUCAUCACCAAACUUCAUCGCAUUGGUUCUGCUUCAGCUGACAGAAAUCAGAUCAAAAUCGAUAUUUCCGACGAGUUUCUUGUACAAUUUAAGCAGGACAAAGUGUGUGUUAAAUUCAUCCAGGGUGCCCCAAAGAACGGCAACGGUGUCAUCUGCAAGCGUAAAAACAACCGUCUUCUGGAGGUGUCCGUCCCAUCACCGUAACAGCCAAUCAGAUGCAGGAGUUUCUUCACGCCACAAUCCCUAAUGAUUGUGCAACUAGUCAUUGUCAUAUUUUCAAUAUCUUUACAAAGCCAUUCACAGUUUUUGGGCACAUAAACAAUUCAGUGCUCCUGUUUUUAACCGCUCCCCUUUUCCAAAUCUUGAGUCACAUUAAAAUUACUCCCUAAUGUUUUUUACUAAUAAUUAUGAAACAGAUCAGGUUAAUCUCAUCAUUUGGCCUGCUAAGCAAUAUUCCAGCUUUAAGUUUCUCUUGCUUGCGUGAACCUCGUAUUUGGUGAUGCUGUGUACAUAGAGAUGCUGAAAGGGUUUUAGGGGCUUAUACUGUAGGUUCAGUGCUGAAAAGCUACAAAUUUUACGAUUGCACUUUUUCACUGGGUUAGCGGCUGAAAAAAGACAGGUGGAUUAGUUUAUUUGUGUUAGUUUUCAUGUAUUCUUUACAUAUUGUGUUCUCGUCAUUGUUUAAAAGAUACUCAAUAAAUGAUUCUUGCCAAAUGUUAAGUGAGUUUGCAAUACAAAAUCUUGUGCAAUUUAGCCGUUCCUUCACAGGAACAAAGGAACGAGACUUCAUCCUAUAUUACGUUAUUAUGCAGAUUCUUUCUUAUUUAUAAACCAAAUAAAGGGUUUUUUCAGUUUAAUGAUCAAUGCCAAACAGUAUAAUUUAUAAUUUAAAGUCAUGUUUUGUUUUUCAUCAUCAAUGCUUGUUUUAUGCCUAUAUAUAUAUAUUAAAUCCGGGUAUUAUAGCCUACCCAAGCUAUUGGCAUAUAUGAAAGGGCCUUUAUGCAGCUGUUUAAGACGGCAUACUGACAGUAGCGCCCUGGUUGGUACAAUUCUCAUUAUUAAGUAAGUUUAAGUACAUGAGCUCUGAACUUGUAUGGAAGUGGGCUAAGAAAAGUAUUUGGUAUUUGUUGUCCUAUAUAUAGCCAUAUUGAGGUUAAAUGUAGAUGCUUUUGCCAUGGGAAUGUGGGCUGCAUCAUUUUUCUUGACUGUUCACGGCUACUAAUAAUGAAAGCAGUGUGUUACAGCUUGACCCAGAUUUUUAUUUAAGCAAUCAUCUGAUCUUUGGAUGCAAGGUGCAGAUUAUGUUCUCAUUUAGAAUAUUGGUAACUUUUAGUAUUUACAUCGACUUUUUGUACUCCUAAACUUAAGACAAUGCCCACCAAAGAAUUUUUCUGUUUCAGUUACACAAGCUUUUGAUGUUUUGUUUUUGUAAUUUUAAAAUAAAAUGAAAACUAGAUGGGAACAGAUCAUCUGCCUCGACAGUAAAAUAAGAUUAUGGAAGUGAAAUUGCUUUUUGCACUUGGAUUCUCCAUAGUGUCCAUCUUUGAUGCAGUAAGCUGUGGGUUAUGCUACUUAUAUUUUAUGAUGGGACUUUGAAAUAAAAAGAGAAAAACUUGUGUGCAUUUUAUGUGCCUAAAUGUAACAGAAAACGUGGAAGUGUUUCAUUAACCUCUGUGUAAUAAACAAGUGAUUAUUCUUUAAAUUAAAGCAAUAAAUAAAUUA